AUGACGUCCGUCCAGUGCAUUGCGCAUCGGCUCGACAACCUCCCGCUGGGCGGCUGUCUCGGCAUUUCGGGCUACUACUGGGGCCUCCUCGGGAAGACGGGCCUUGGCUGGGCGAUGGACUCGAUGGACACGUUCCUCUUCACGUACCUCGGCGCGAAAGGCUGGCAGCUCGACGUGCGCAACAGCGACGGCUCGGCGCUCUCGGGGCACCAAAUUGGGCUGCUCGGGUCGGCGGCCUUUGCCGGGUCGUUUGUUGGCGCCAUCGCCUUGGGCAUGCUCGCCGACGUGUACGGGCGGAAGCCCAUGUUCAUGCUCACGAUGCUCAUCUUCAUGGUGUCGAUGGUGAUCUGCGGCGCCGCGACGAGCUACGGGCUCCUCCUCGCGUGUCGCUUCGUUGGCGGCAUUGGCCUCGGCGGCGAGCUUCCGGUGGCGUCGACGCUCGUGCAGGAGCUCGCGCCGGCGCCCGUCCGUGGCCGCAUGGUCGUGUUGCUCGAGUCGUUCUGGUCCAUUGGGUGCAUGCUGGCCGUCCUCCUCGCGUUCGAGCUCACCAAGGUCGUCUCAUGGCGCGUCGUCUUGUACAUUUCGGCCAUCUCGAUGGUUUACGCGAUCGCGGUCCGCUACAUUGUGCCCGAGUCCCCGAACUUCAAGGAGGCAGCCAACAUGCGUCUCGUCCAGCUUGUCUACUGCGUCCUUGCGGCGCUCCUUGGUGGCGUGGCCGCGGGCGUCGACCUCGCCUUCCCCGAGCACGAUGCGGUCGCUGCGGUGACCGACCUCGUCGUACGCCGCCUCGGCCAUCGCUACGUCGAGCAGUUUACCUUUGCCACGAUGGCACCGACCAACGAUGGCCUCGACGUGGCCGAAGUGAGCUCAAGUCACGGCAAGAUUCGCCUUGCGGGCUCGAGCGCCACCGCCUUGGGCUAUGGGUUGCAAUGGUACCUCAAGACGGUCGUGCACACGCAGACCGACUGGGAAGACCAUGCGCUGCAGCUGCCGCCAGUGCUGCCGCUGCCGCAUGGCAGCCACCGCCUCGAGAAAGCCUCCAAGUACACGUACUACCAAAACGUGUGCACGGUGAGCUACACGUCGUGGUCAUGGUCCUGGGCGAAAUGGGAGAAGCACAUUGACUGGAUGGCGCUCAACGGCAUCAACAUGCCGCUGGCCUUUACGGGCCAAGAAAAAGUGUGGCAGGCGACAUUUGAGCAGUUUGGCAUCUCCAAGGCCGGCAUGGACAAGUUCUUUGCUGGCGCCGCGUUCCUCGCGUGGGGUCGCAUGGGCAAUCUCCGCGGCAGCUGGGUCAAGGGCCCGUUGCCACAGGCGUUCAUUGACGACCAGUUUGAACUCCAAGUGCGCAUUCUCGCCCGGAUGCGCGCGUUUGGGAUGCUGCCGGCGCUGCCCGGGUUUGCCGGCCAUGUCCCGGAAGAAGUCGCAUCCAAGUUUGCGAACGCGUCGAUCUCGCGGUCGCCGAAUUGGGGCAACUUUCCUGACGCGUACUGCUGCGUCUACAUGCUCGAGCCGACCGACCCGCUCUACCUCGCGAUCGGCAAGACAUUCGUCGCCGAGCAGCGCCGCUUGUAUGGCUACACGUCGUCUUUGUACCAAGCCGACACGUACAAUGAGAUGGACCCGUCGCAUUCGGAUCUGCCGUACCUCGCGAAAGCGUCCAAAGCCGUCAUCGACAGCAUGGUCGCUUCGGAUCCGAACGCGGUCUGGCUCAUGCAAGGCUGGCUCUUCUUGAGCGACUACUGGAACAACGACCGGAUUCAAGCCUACGUUGGCGGUGUCCCGGACGACAAGCUGCUCAUCCUCGACCUCUACAGUGAGGUGGUGCCGAUCUGGGAGAAGAGCCACAACUACUUUGGCAAGUCGUGGAUUUACUGCGUCUUGCACAACUUUGGAGGCAAUCUCGGCUUGAAGGGCGAUCUACCCACGCUCGCGUCCGACCCGGUUGCGGCCCGUCGUCGCAGCAACGGCACCAUGGUCGGUGUCGGGCUCACGAUGGAAGGCAUUUAUCAAAAUUACAUCGUGUACGACCUCGCGCUCUCCAUGGCGUGGACAGCCGCCGCCGUCGACGUGCCGUCGUACGUCCAUCGCUUUGUGACGGCGCGCUACCACAGCGAGGACGCCUACGCCCUUGCCGCCUGGACAAUGUUGUCGUCGUCUGUGUACAACGCCACGAAAGCGUUUGGUGGCGUCACCAAGAGUAUUGUGACGCGCCGGCCGCACUGGCACCUCGACGCGUCGACGUUCAUGCCCUCCAACAUCAGCUACGACCCCAGCGCAGUCGUGCACGCGUGGCAGAGCCUGCUCACGGCCGCGGUCUCGUCGCCGGCCCUCGCCACCACCGACACGUACCUGCACGAUAUCGUCGACGUGACGCGCCAAGCACUCAGUGACGCCAUCUUGAUCGACUACAAGCAGCUUCGGCACCUCUUCCGCGCUGGCACCGUGGCCUCGAGCAAGGUACAUGCGAUCGCCCAACGCAUUUUCGACCAGAUCGCUGCCAUGGACCGCGUGCUCGCGUCCCAUGAAGACUUUCUCCUGGGCAAAUGGCUCUUUGACGCAAAGGACCUCGCUGGGAACGACACGAGCCUUGCCUUGUACUACGAAUACGAAGCCCGCAACCAAGUGACGCGCUGGGGCGACAACAACGGCAACGCGAUCGGCGACUAUGCGGGCAAGCAGUGGGCGGGCCUCGUCGGCAGCUACUACCUCGUGCGCUGGCGCAUCUGGCUCAACGAAGUCUGCCGCGCGUACGAGGCCAAGCGACCGGUGAACGAGACGGCGACCAAGGCGGUUAUGGAGACGUUCGAGCUCGGGUGGCAGACCGAGACCAUCUCGUACCCGAUCGCCGCGCAUGGCGACACACUCGCCAUCUCCAAGGCUAUUUUGCACGAGUUCUUUGGCGCCGUGUCGGUCUAUGAUGCGAGCGUUGACUUCUUGCCUGCCCUUGCCCACUGA